GUGCAACUACUAAACGGUCAUACUGCGAAAGAAGAAGCUGAAAACAAAGAAAAUUUUAAGAAAAUUUGUGCAAAAAACUCAAUUUAUAUUGAUUUAAUCUGAUCUAAAAUCAUGACGGAAGACUGGCAGAGUCAGAAGUUUCGCCAGAAUGUCAUUUCCAAAAUACACGACUUGUUGCCGCCGCAUGCCCAGGAUCAGACGAAGAAUGCCAGCGUUAUGGAGAACCACAUCUUUCGCAAGUCCCGCAGCAAGGACGAGUAUCUGGGGCUGGUGGCCAAGCUCUUUAUGCACUACAAGGACAUGUCGCGCAAGACCCAACAGCAGCAGCAACAACAACAACAGCAGCAGCAGCAACAACAGCAACAGCCGCCGCCUCCAAACGCGGAAAUGGGCCAGCAGAACAUGAUGCAGGAUCCGUUGAAUGCGCUGCAGAAUCUGGCCAGCCAGGGCAACCGCAAUCCCCAGAUGAUGCCCAUGGCCGGUGGCGUUCCUGUGCCCGGUGGCCCCGGCACUGCCUCAAAUCUGCUGCAGUCCCUCAACCAGCAGCGUCCCGGCCAGCAAAUGCAGCCCAUGCCCAAUAUACGCGGUCAGAUGCCCAUGGGCGUGGGUGCGGGUGCUGGCGGUCCACAGCAGAUGAUGCAGGUCCAGCAAAUGGGCGGCGGCGGCAAUGCGCCCGGCGUGAUGAACGUAAUGGGUGCAGGCGGUGCCCAAGGACAGGGCCAGAUUGGGGGCAAUGCCGGCCAGCAGAUGGGUGGCAUGCCCAAUCAAAUGGUGGGUCCGGGUCCGAACAGCGGUCCCGCAGGAGGUGCGGGUGGGGCAAAUGCUCCUCCUGGUGCCGGUGCCGGGCCUGUGCCCAAUCAGAUGCAGAGCGGAGGGCCGAUGAAUGUGAAUGCCAUGCAACAGAUGGCGCCCAUGCAGCAGAUCCAGCAGAACCAAAUGGCUAUGGGCAUGAGUCCCAUGAUGCGCAUGGGCCAGGGCAACGGCAUGGGUGGACCCCAGGGCAUGGGCCAGGGCAUGCAGGGAAUGCCGCCCAAUAUGCAGCAGCCGCAGCAUAAUGUCGGCGUGGGCGGACCGGCGGGUCAGCAGCAGCAGCAGCAGCAGGUGGUGCCACCCAAUGCUGUGCAGCAGGGUGGCAUGAAUCCCAUGGGAGGCAUGGGUGUCAAUAUGCCACCAAAUAUCCAGCAGAAGCCCAACAUGGCCAUGGGACAGGCAGGACAAAUGUUUCCCGGCAAUCGUGGUGGCGUCGUUGGCGGCCAGCAGCCCGGACAGCCUUUUAUGCGGUCGAGUCCCUCGCCAGCGGAUGCCCAGCAGCUGCAGCAACAGCAGCAGGCACAGCUGCAACAACUGCAGCAGCAGCAACAACAACAACAGCAACAGCAGCAGCAGCAACAACAGCUCGUGGUGGGAAACCAGACGCCGACGCAACAGCCGCCAACGCCACAAAUGCCCACGCCACAGAUGAUACCCAGUCCGGCACUGGUGCCGCAGUCCAGUCCCCAAAUGAUGAUGCAGAAUCCACAGCGCAACAUCCGCCAGCAGUCGCCGAGCAAUGCCUCCAUCAACACGCCCGGCCAGGUGACUGGCAACAGUCCGUUUAAUCCCCAGGAGGAGGCGCUGUACAGGGAAAAGUACAAGCAGCUGACCAAAUACAUAGAGCCACUCAAGCGCAUGCUCGCAAAGAUCAGCAACGAUGGAACCAAUGUGGAGAAGAUGACCAAAAUGAGCAAGCUGCUGGAGAUCCUGUGCAAUCCCACGCAGCGUGUGCCACUGGAGACGCUGCUCAAGUGCGAGAAGGCACUGGAGCGGAUGGAUCUGAUCUCGAUUUCGGGCCAGCAGUUUGGCAAAUCCUCGAAUCCGCUGCUGGAGGUCAUCAAUACCACGCUGCAGAGUCCCAUAGCCAAUCACACAUUGCAUCGCACAUUCCGACCCACGCUGGAGCUGCUAUUCGGCACAGAUAUCGUGGCUCCGGUGCCCGCUAAGAAAGCGCGCAUUGAGGAGAAGUCCUCGCCUUUUGAGCAGGACGUGCCGCAUGUGCUUCAGGGCGAGAUUGCCCGCCUGGACACCAAGUUCAAGGUGAAGCUGGACACCACGUCGCAGAUCAACAAUAAGUCUAUUCGUUUGAUAUGCUGCCUGGACGACAAGCGACUGCCCAGUGUGCCGCCAGUGAGCGUUUGUGUGCCGGAGGAGUAUCCGUGGCAGGCGCCCGACUGCUCCCUCACCGAGCAGGAGUACUCGGCCACGCCCUUCCUGCAGACCGUGCAGCAGGCUCUGAUUGCACGCAUCUCCAAGCUACCCAAAAACUACUCGCUCUCGCAUCUACUCGACACCUGGGAAAUGGCCGUGCGCCAGGCCUGCUCACCGCAGGCCAAACCCAAGGUUUGUGAAUUUACCGCACUUUUGGGUGUUUAAAUGAAGGAUCUGGAAUGUACUUGGUCCUACGGGGAAACUUAUUCUAUAUCCUAUGGGCUAUAUAUCUAUAUCAAGUCAUCACAUAUUCAGACUUGAUUCGAGGGGAUUCUAAUUUAAUUGAUUCAAGAUAAACCAAUGCAGCAAAUUGUCUGGCAAAGGCAAUUAAAUAUUCGUGGUUAGUGUAAGAGUAUUCUAUAUCGUCUAAAAUAAACCGCAUAAACUUUAAAGCAUCGAAUGAAAAUUAGAAUGGGAUUAGUUGCCAAUGCAUCUUUACUUAUUUAUAUUUUGUAGUAUGAGAUAAAAGUCGCAGGCUUCGUUUAUUUUUAAAUGCUGGCUAGUUAGAGAGUAGGAGCAACACGCAUAAUUAUUGUUUAAUUAUACUAAUCACCCACUUAUUCAUUUAUUUGCUAACCCUUGAGUUUAUCUUCAAACUUGUACCAACAUUUGAAUUAUGAACAAGAAGAGUCUGCUGCAAACGAUUAUAUUUAAAUUAUAUUUCCAUUUCCAAAGAAACAAAAAUGGAAUCUGGAAUCUACUCCUAAAGAUGUGGCCAUUCAGUUAAUGUCGCAAUUUAAAUCUCCAACCAAUCCAUAUUUGAGAUAUAAAAACAAAGUCUUGACUCCUACUAGUCCUCCUAAUUCCUAUCCAUAUCCAUGGAUACCCCCAUAUAGAAAUUUUGUGCCACACAGAAAACUGCACUUUCAAACUGCUUUAUAUUUCUUUGCUUCCCAUUACCCAUCCCA